AUGUUUGGUACUCACGAUUCACGAAUAUCUAGUGUACCUACGAGCGCAAUCACAAUGGAUGCCAAACCCACUGAAAUCAUACAGGCACAAACAGGCGCAGAUGUCUGUUCUAACACUGUAGUAUUUCGAUCAAUCGAUAACAGGAAGUUCAUCAUGCUCAAAGAGCAACUCAAUGUUGCUGCUGGUGGAUUUCCCCCUGCUAUUCUUUCCAGCAAAGCGGACGUGCAGCUUUCCAAACCUUCUGAUGUCCUGAAGGUUCUAUUUCAAUACGUCGCAGCAGACACCGACCAUCAUGGACCUACCCUGGAACACAUCAAUUUCUUCUUACUAUUGAGCGUGGCCGAAGCAGCAGAAAAGUAUGAAGUAUACCAGGCAAUUGCUGCCAUGCAACCAGAAUUCGGGGAGUUGGAACAUAUCUCUGAUGGAGGAUCUCUCUGCUUACACGGCAAACAUACCUAUGGAGGAGAUAGCUUUUUUAAUGAGGCCAUGUCCUUGCAUGUUCAAAAGAUGGUGCUUAUGGAGACAUUGCCACCUUGGAACGUUAUUCAAAACUCCGGCGGACAGUUCAAGAGAGGGAAAGAGUGGAAGGAUCGCUUUGCUGAUCUUUUCCUUCCUCGCUUGCCAGAGGAAACGAGCUCUCACUACCAGGAAAGGCUUGCAUAUGGCAAGGAAAUAUUCUUACAUCCGAUAAUUGAAGGUCUGGAAAAGAUUGUGGAGGACAAGGGCAUACGAGCGACUGGCUUCAGACUCUCUUCCAUCUCAUUCGGUGCAAUCGAGAGCCUUCUCGCGGAAGAAUACAUUUGGAGGAUGAUCAUCCAUGGCGUGACGGGGGCACUCGUGGAGUCGCCUUGCUAUUUUGACCUCGACAACCCCACCAGCGACGAGGAUGUAAUUGAUCGCCUCCAAAGGUAUUAUGAAGAAUUCAAAUUUAUCCCUCCUUCUGAGAGAGAGGAAGGUCUACCAGAGGUCUUGAAGGAAGAGGGAAUUGAUACUGACUCUUGGAUUGCAAAGGCUACCCCGUAUAAUUCUCUUAAACCAGCCGCCAUAUCCUUCAAAAUGUCUUGCCCUCCCAUUGUCUCUCCAGAGAUGAUCACAUACUGCAGGAAUGCAAUCCGCAGUGGUACUAUAGUCACAGGGCAGCUUCUCGACGAGGAGACUGUUUCGAUUCCCGACUCGAUUUUUUGA